AUAGCUGAUACUAACCAAGACUUUAGAGACCAAACUAAUGGUGACAUAGCUAUUGUUAACCCAUAUGCUCAAAUUAAAGACAUGCCCGAUGUUGUAGAUAAAUCAACUAAACAUGCACAUAGUGCUAGCGAGAAAUAUCUGUUUUCUUACCCAUCUUCAUCUCUCGGUUCUCUCCUUUCUAAGGAUGAGUAUGAAACUCAUGUUUCGAUUUCUGAAAAGCCUUCAGCAAAACUUCACGCAAGUGACUAUGAUCUUGUUUCUAGUAGUCGUAAAACUAAAAACCAACUUUCACACAGCACUUCUGUAGGGGCAUUAAACAAGAAUAAGAACAAAAGUCAUUAUGAUGAGAUCCCUGGUGAAAUUCUAAGUAUUAAAUGUAAUGAAGAACAAAUCUACGCUGUUAUUAAUCAAUCCUGCGAAAGCACUUUAAAUGUAGUUGAUCGGAAAAUCCAUGGACGUUGCUCUGACGUUUUUAGUGAUGAAACAGAUCAUUAUGCAGAAAUUCCUGCUGCCCAAAAGAUCAUUGGCAGAAAAAGUAAGAGUUUUAAAGAAAGGCAAACAUCAGAAUAUGACAGUAAAAGUACCCCAUCAUUAGUUGACAAUUCAAAGCCAAAACCAAUUUUAAAGUCUCCACCUAAUGAAAAAGUUGUUAAAGAAAAAACAGAUUCAUUAACACGAAGAAUUUUUAGUAGAACAUCUAGCAUUUUUAAAAGCAAACAAAAACCCAACGUUAGUGACAAUCAGUCUUACAAUCCCAAAACUGAUUUUGAACAAUCAGUACCAGACUUAAUGGUACCUAAGUCAAAUCCUAAAUCCCUUAAUACAGUUGUAGAAUAUGCAAGGGUAAAUAAGGCAAGGAAAUCACAUUCAUUUUCACAAGGUCAUCGUAAACCAUCCAUCACUAGUGAACCCUUACCAGAAAUCCCCAGCAAAAUGUGGGAGGGAAUCUAUCCACCUGAUAGAUCAGAAAAUACAGAUACCACCAAACACAGCCUGAGAGAAGAAUUUAAAAUGUACCUUCUUGAUCCAGAACUGGCAAGUACACCCAGAGGGUCUAUGACCUCUUCACAGGACUCACAAGAAAAACAGGGACAAGACAAGCAUGAGAAUGUUGAUGUACAGCCUAAGAACAAAACAUUUUUUGAAAAAGAUGGAAACUUAAGAAGAGAAACAAAUGUUGACGUACAGGAUUGUGCUCAGUCUGACAAUCUUGAUCAAAAAGUGUCUCAAAUAUUCAAUUGUGAAGAUAAACAAGAUGGGGUGGCUGAUGAAAUAGUUGUACAAAGUCAACCUGAUAAUGUAAAUUGUCCAGAAGAUCAGAAUUUCAAUCAACAGGGCCAAUUACCAUAUGAGAUGUCAUGUGAAACAGAUGCAAAUGAUCAACAACAUGAUGCAGAAUCACAAAGAUUAUUGCAUCUAAUUUCUCAUUCCUCUAUAGCAAGUUUGUAUAAACUAGACUAUUCAGCUAGUGUCAAAUCUAGCAUAAAUUCUGAACGAAAUGAUACUGAAGACAGUAUGACACUCCUUAACAUUGAUGAUCAUGAUCUGGAGCGGUUUUCUAAUCUGUCUAGCUGUUCAAGUGAGCUUGACUUACAAUUGACUGCUUUACAACAAAAUGAAUUACUUAUACCUGAUUGUGAUCUGGAAAGAUUCAGCACUAUUUCAACAGAUUCUGAAGAAUUCACACCUCAAAACCUUUCAACUAUUUAUAGUGGUGAUUCUUCUCCUAGUUGCAAGGACAAGAAUAAGAAAGUCUCUGCAUGUAAUAAAGUAGAUUGUCCACAGCAUUUUCAAAUUGUUAAAAAGCUUUUUGGUAAGUCAGGUGCUACACAAGUUGUGAAAGACAAUAAAGCUUUUCAGGUCAGACAAAACCAUCAAUCAACAGUCCCAGCAUUUGUCAUUGAAAAUUAUGACUGCGAACCAUUCAGGUUUAAAAAGGGAAACAGUCAAUCAAAAGACCAAAACAUUAAUGAAAAGCCUUGCAUAGAAAUACUGGUUAAAGACCAUUCAAUUGAGAAAGAAAAAGGAAACUUAUCAGCAGACAGAGAAACUAUGGACUUUUUUACUGAACCAGAUUCUCUGAAAGAAUUUAAACAAAAGCGAAAUUACACUACAGAACCUGAACCAGCCUUUCAAAAUAUAUACCAAGAGUCUUUUCCUACAGAUGAAUCUGACAGAGACCAAAUCAUUGGUUCUCACGGGCUUUCUCCUGAUGGUUGUCAGGACCAAGACACAAUUGAUUUUGUUGAUCUUUUGAACAUUUCUAAAACUGAAAUUUUAAAUAGUUUUGUUGAUCAUACAUAUGUCAAUCUAGUUUCUUGUCACCAUAAACUUGCAGAUUUUGGUUCAUGUGAAACAGACUCUACCCCAUGUUCAGUAAAAUGUUCCACUGAAGACUGCAUUGACAAUCAUGACAACAAACAAGAGACAGUAAAUAACGAAAAUGUAGAAUCUGCUAUUAAGAAAACAGAAACUGAAGUUUUUGUUAGUAAGACACAAGACAUUGUAGAUGAUUCUAGUGAACAUGAGGAUAAUAGUUGUGUUUGUUUGAUUCCACAGAAUAAGGUUUAUGUGUCAAAGACAGAUGAAAAAGAAUUUGAUCCUCAUACAUUUUACCAACAGAAUGUAAGUUCAAAAUCAGGUGAACAUGUCAGUACUAAACGCUUUGCUCAUAAGUUGGCAACAGAAUGUACCAUCCAAAGGAAAGAAACAUGUGGAGAAAGUGGUGGGGUGACCAAACAAGAUGCUACCAUUGUGUCUGGUAAUGUUAAAGUGGACAAAGCUCAAAAUGUUUACAAACCACCAUUUAUUUUAUACAGAACAUCUUCACCUAUAAAUGAAAUUAAAAAGCAAACAGCACCAUACACUAAAGAAAAUUUUGUUUCUCAAAAGCAAACAUCUGAAAGGGACAGUAAUAUUUCAACUCAAUACAGUAAGAAACAGACUAAUACUAAAGUUACAACACCUCAUUCAGUUUCCUCAGGCUGCAGCUCUUCCCAAAGGAUGACUGGUCACAUUUCUAAUAUAUCAUUUGAUAGUUCUCUCAGUAUCAGAAAUUCGUCUGAUGAAAAGCAAAAGUCUAAAAUGACUCCAGGUGUUAUUCACAUUUUAAACCCAUGCCCAUCUGGCUGGCUUGAAGGAGGAGUAAAAACCAAAUAUAAGAUAGGCCAGCAAUCUUGUAACUCUGACAAAAAUGAAUCUGAGCAUUUACAGAAUGUGUCUGUAUUAGACUUUGAUCCUAGUUUAAUGUGCACUGACAUCAUCAUAGACAAUGAUGAAGAUGCUCGUUUAGCAAAACCACAGUGCAGUGAAGGUCAGUCUACUGGUGAAUGCACUCGGAUACAAAACAAGAACAUUCCUGAUAUUGCUAAUAUACAUAGAGCUGAGCUUCUUUGUAAGAGAGUAUGGAAUUAUAAACCAAAACAGAGGGAAAAUGCUAAAUUGGUGGAUAUAAGCAAUUCUGAUGAGCAAAGUGAAAAGGAUGAUAACACUGAUGACUUUGAUGUAAAAAUAAAUAGAGGUCCUGGGACAUGUGAUGAUGAACAAAAUUGUGAAAGUCACCCAGAAAACUGUUCGCAAACAAAUGACAAAUGUUUUAAUGCAAGUUCUGAUAAGUUAAGUUCUCAUAAAAGCCAGACGAUAGAAACUAAUCAUGAAGUUGGCUGUGCAAAAAACAGCCAAGGUGCCAUUUCAGAAACAGCUGGAUUUGUCUCUAAUAAUUCUGCUGCAGCGGAUGGACAUUCAGUGAAAAUUGCUGACAUGGUAGGUGACAUGAACAUUAUUGAUGAAAACUCUGAGUCCUCUGAAAGCUCAGGUACAGAGGAUGGGGAAGUAGAACACACAGAAACUAUUAUUGAUUGUACUGAAAUGGGUACACUUGAAAAGUCAGAGAGCAAUAUGUUUGAAGAUUUACUUGAGAAGUUGGAAUCUGUUGGCCUUGGUAAGGUGAAACUUGAUGUGAAGAACUUUUCGAUACAAGCACGAGAAAUGAAAGCAGUUGAACACUUAGAAGUCAUUGAUUCUGACUCCGACUCCGAUUCAAGUUUUACUGAAACUGAUUCAGAUUCUGGAGAUGAAGUAGAGCUGGCUAGUUUUGACAUGCCUGAAAUAACACACCAUCCAGGCUUGGAUUCAUCAUUUGACAUGUAUGACAAAAUUUUUGAUUAUGAUACUAAUCAUUUUGCUAUUGAUUGUAGCUUUGAAGAUGUAAAAGCAUACCAUAUGCCGUCUGAUGAUUUUGAAGAUACUGAUGAGUGCGCAUUUUUAGAUUCAGAAGUGGUUUCUACUAAAUACUCACAUUUAAACCCACCUGAUGUUAUUGAUAAUACUCCAUAUAGAGCUGGAAAGUCAAAUUUAAAAGCAAGGACCAAAAGCGAACCAAAUUUAAUCAGAAGGCGGGUAAGGUUUGAAGAAAAUCUGCCUGUUUACAAGUCAACUCAAAAUUUGAAAACUGUUCAAAAGGUGCCAUUUUUGGAUGCAAAUGAACAUGAACAGAUGAAAAAAAUAGAACAGUUUAUUACAUGCUUGUUUGAUGUUGAACCUUCAAAGCUGGGCAGGAGAGAAACUGAUGAAGUUGAUGAUGAUCACCGAGUAGACAAUGAAAAAGGUGAAGACUCAACUAAUAAUGUUAAUAUGGAUGAAAAGGUCAAUGAUUGGACAUCAUGUAUGGAAGAUUACUGGUCUGACUCCAUUGAAUCCACAGGGCAUCCAAAAAUAGUAAAACCUGUAUCUUCCCGUGGAAACAGAUGGCGCAAAGCCUUUCAACAAACAUUAAAUAAAAGAGCUGAGAUAGAAGAUGAUGACUAUGAAGUGAUUCAAAGUCCCUGGCCUCAAGGAGAAGUAAUUGCAGAUAUGAGCAGUGUGGUCAUUCAUAAAAGUAAGUCGCCAUUCCUUUUUACCAAUUUUUGCUGCGGUAAAGAGGAGAUUCAGAUAUCCAAAGAUGACACGGGUUCUUGGCCAGACAGUUUAUCUGAAAGCAAGCCAGACAGUUUAUCUGAAAGCAUACCUGAAGUGAAUACAACAGUCUCUGUAAAGGGCAUUUCUUAUGAAAACAAUGACAAAUCAGGAACAGAUCAGCUUGAAAAAGACAAAAUGACUGCAGCUGGAUUUCCCACCAAUGAAGCGGAGAAAUUGUUACCAAGAACUUCAAUCGCCAGAUACACAUACACCAUAAAUGAAAGUUCAGAUGAUGAAUCACCAAAAAUCAAAUCUGUCACAUAUGAAUAUGUGACCGAAUACAAACUGAAUAAUGUUAAGGUACAUUAUCAGCAAAACAGGAAAGUGCAGACAGACAUGACCUGCCAGACUGAUGACCAUGACAGAGCUAGGGAGUUCAAAGAAUGUACUGAAAAGACACCAACUGCACAGUUUCAAGAUGACAGUAAGACUUAUGGAGCUGAGGACAGGCCCAGAGCUUAUCCAAUUGAGCCUGUUAUAGAAAAGUCCAUUUGUUGCCCCCUUGGUCCCUUUGAUCCCAGAGCUAACGAUAUUGAGCCUGUUAUAGAAAAGUCUAUUUUCUACCCUCUUGGUCCAUAUGAUUCAAGAGCGAAAAAUAUUGAGCCUGAAAUAGAAAAGUCCAUUUGUUAUCCUCUGGGUCACACAGAUGGGUUGCCUGAAUCAUGGAGUGUCUCGGUCAAUGGAAACAGCAUAGAUAAAUUAGAUCACCCGAUUCAAAGCAAGGUAAUGGAAAUAUUUAAUGUAAGCGAUGAUGGUGAUAAACACACAAAUGAAAAGGUACCUGUUGAAAAACUACCUGUUAAAGAGGAUCUUAUUAAGAAGUCAGUAUUCUAUGAGUUGUUGGCUGAAAAACCGCCCAAUCAGUACAAAGCAGUAGCAUAUUCUCAGCAUAUAGUUCCAGAGACAAGGGUAAUACUGGAACACAAUUCUGAAACAUUUGUGUGGAGUUCUUCACAGGCUAAAAUUCCCUUUCAUACUGGACUUUAUGAAAACCAUGAGGGUUCAAGUGAUGGAGUGUUUUCUAUGAACAGAGGAAAUAUAAAUGGGGAUUGAAUGUAUACCACAUUAUGUUAAAUAUAUCAGUUUUCUAACUACAAUCAUCAGGUUAAUUGAAUUGGAUGCAAGUUUUGAACAAAAAUUGUCAUAAAUUAUUACAUUUAUCAUAUAAUGCCAACUCAUUAUUUAAGAUCAGAGCUUUCGCAAGGCCUUACACUGACCUUUACUCUUUGUCAUUUAACCCAUAACAAGGUAGGCUUUGAAUACAAUUUCAGCUUUAUUAAGUGUUCAAGUAUAAUAUUAAAGCCAUACAGUGUUUUUUUCAUUCAAAAUCGGUCCGGUUAUUUGCCCCAUUCCCCAUGGAAAAAAGAAUAUAUUUUUCCCAAAUGGGAGCUAAAAACUCUAAAUAAAAGGUUGCCCAAAAAAAAUUUUUUAUUAGAUCUCAAUAUUUUGUUAAUCUCCCAUUUAUAGAAGGUCAACCUAAGUAAAAAUAAUACUGAAAACACUUGUAUUCUCAAUUUUGAAGCAUUUGUAAGCAAAACAACAACAACACUUAUUUCCCAAUUUUAGGCAAAACGCCGCAAAUUUUCCCAAUCCAAAGGGACUCGGACCCAAAAUGGUGAGAAAAAAAACACUGAUACAGCAAAAUGCUAUAGAGUGUGCUGCAAUAUUCAGAAAGAUAUAACAGUGUUGUUGGACAUUCCUUAUACAUACAUUGUUUUGUAAAAUGUUGAUGACUUUAAAGUUCUCAGUGUGAAAAAAGUAAGUGUGUGGUUAUUAAGCAAAAGUUGUAUUACUGGUUAAUCAAUGCAGAAAGUUAAUUUAACUAAAGAGUAAAGUCCAUGGAAUACUAGAAAAACAAUUAUACAUGUAUUUUUAAAAAUUGAGGUAAAAGUUUUGGUGACCGGCACAUUUAAUUUUACAUAAAUUGCUCAAAAGAUUUCUCAUACAUUCAGUUCUAUUUUGCCAGGGUAUCUAUCUUUGUUUUUUAAUUAAAUAAAUGUUGUUAUGUGCUGUGUUUAAUUUAUUUUGUAAUAAUUAUUCAUUAUAUUCUUUUAAAAAUGUACAUAACUUAUUUAUAAUUGUGCAAUAUUGACAUUUGUAAACUACUUAAACAUGUUUUCUACUAGCAAAUCCAGUUUUUGUAUUACUGUUUGUAUACAUGGCAUAUAGUGUUACUUGUAAUUUUCUUGCCAAACCUUAAAAGUACAAAAAACACAAAUUAAGGGUAAACAUUUGAAGUGUUGUGCUAUGUUUGUAAAAAGUGCUUGAAUGUGUAAUGUUUAUUUUUACUGAUGUUAAUGAAAUGUUUGGAUCAUGCUGAAAGUUCUUGUUUUAUGGUUUGUUUUUAAUCUAACAGUAAUGCCCUUUUAUUGUCCAGUCCUCAUAAAUGGUAUGAGAUUAUAAGUUUGUGUUUGUAUGUUGGUAAAACUUGUGUUGUUAUAGAGGGAUCUACUGUAGAAUGCUAAAUGAUGAUCUGAGAUCAUUUAAGUGGAAUCAUGUUAUCAUUUUGUUAUCAAAAUAUGCCUCUUUUUCACAUUGUACCAUAAAAUGGUCUUCAUAUUAGAUGCUGUGCAUAUUAACAUAUCUGUAUCUCAUACUGGGGUGUACAAAUCUGUUAAAAGCCACUCGCCUUGCAGGUCUACCAGCUGACAAAAUUAGGUUUCACUAAUUUAUUAAUGGUAACCUAUGGUUUUUAUGCUCCCCCCAAAAAAAUUUGGGGGGAGCAUAUAGUCGCCGCUUCGUCUGUCUGUCCAUGUGUCUGUGCGUCCGUGUGUCCAUCCGUGCACAAUUUUUCAUCCGUGCACAAUUUUUCCCGGGCUAUUUCUCAGCCACUAAUGACCGGAAUUCAAUGAAACUUUAUGGGAAGCUUCACUACCAAGAGGAGAUGUGCAUAUUAUCAGCGGGUUCUGGUCGGAUGAUUUUUCACAGAGUAAUGGCCCUUUGAAAUUUUCCAUUAACUGUACAUAUAGUGUAAUCCUUGUCCGGGCUAUUUCUCAGCAACCAAUGACCGGAAUUCAAUGAAACUUUAUGGGAAGCUUCACUAGCAAGAGGAGAUGUGCAUAUUAUCAGCAGGUUCUGGUCGGAUGAUUUUUCACAGAGUUAUGGCCCUUUGAAAUUUUCCAUUACCUGUACAUAUAGUGCAAUUCUUGUCUGGGCUUUUUCUCAGCAAUUAAUGACCGGAAUUCAAUGAAACUUUAUGGGAAGCUUCACUACCAAGGGGAGAUGUGCAUAUUAUCAGCGGGUUCUGGUCGGAAGAUUUUUCACAGAGUUAUGGCCCUUUGAAAUUUUCCAUUACCUGUACAUAUAGUGCAAUUCUUGUGCCGGCUAUUUCUUAGCAACUAAUGACUGGAAUACAAUGAUACAUAAUGGAAAGCUUCACUACCAAGAGGAGAUGUGCAUAUUAUCAGCGGGUUCUGGUCGGAUGAUUUUUCACAGAGUUAUGGCCCUUUGAAAUUUUAUAUAAAAAAAUUAUUGUCCCCUCAACUACUGUGCCCUCAAGACGUUUCCUUUUAUCUGAAUAUAUAGUGCAAUAUUGUGACAAAAAAAACUUUUGGGGAGCAUCACCCGUCUCCAACGGUUUCUUGUUGCAAUUAAAUAUUGAUUUGUUGUGGGGAAAAUUACAUCCUUCAAUCAUGGAAUGCAAAUAUUAUUCACUCAAAGCCUUGCGCUGACUAAUCUGAAAGAGUUUUGCAAGCAUUUCUGAUGUACUAUUUAUCCAGAUAAAAUUUUUAGUACCAAUGCAAGCGAGUUAGUGGAAUUUUACACCUCUGUUAUAACAUGGUAACAUGUAGCAUGCAUGCCAUAACAUUUCAUGUGGUCUAUGGAAAUUUACACUUGCAAAAAUCAUAAUUCUGGCUGUACACAUAUUUUAAAUUAAAAAAGGUGUUGCAGCUUUUAAACUUUUCUGGCAGUGAAGUCCAGUCAAAGCAAUUGCUUAAUUUCUAUUACCACAUCUGCAUAUUAUCCAAACUUAAUGAUGUUUUCACUGAUGUUUCACUGCUCCUUAGCUUGAACCACUUGCUGAAUGCAUGCCAACAAAGUUAACACACCUAAUGCAAAAUGUGUCAGAAAAUAAGAAUAGUAUGUCAGACAUGUUUGAUAACAUUUAUCAAGGGCCUACCUUUCUUUUUUUUAAUAAAGAUAUAUAAAAGCCUUUAAUCUCAAUGCAAUUUAAGUCUGAUCAGUAUAAUUAUGGAGGCUGAAUGACACUGACUUGAAACAAUGUGGAAAAAUCAUUUGGGAAAUAACUCUUACUUAUCCACCUUCGCCAGUAAUUGAUAGUUGAGUUAUCGGAAUGGCCUCAUCAGUCUCUGAACAUGAGUCUGUGCGGAACAUUUUGUGUCCGCUCCUUACCCUUUAAAGGAAUUUAUUGAAACUAGGCUCAAAUAUUUAAGUAAUUGAGAUAAUGGGCAGAAGCUUAGAGUAAUCUCACACACUUAAAGUGAAGGUCACAUUUGAAGGUCAAAUCUUUGAGCAUCCAUUUUUGAUUUUGCUCCAUUAUCUAUUUUACCUGAUGAUGGAUUUUUGCCAACUACAGGGUAAAUGUCAAGUUUAUUGAAAUUAUGUGCAGAAGGCAUGAGGCAUUCAAGCUAUUUUAUGGUAGUUAAUAGGUUGCUCUGGAAGGUUAAAAAUGGCGGUGGAAAAAGUAAGAAACAUGGUUUAAACGCAGAGGUUGUACAAGUAAUUAAUUUUCGUUUUCCCAUUGAAUUACUUGUAAAAACCUGGAUUCUGACAAAAUCAUCCCAUGGAACUGUCUUAAAACUAGAGAGUAACAUGGUAGAGUGAAUGAUGUUCGGGACUCUAGUCAUGGUGUCUGUGAACACUCUUAAACACACAUUUGUAAAAUGCCCAGUGUCAAGUCUGAAGUCAAGCUGUCAUCAAUCUUUUUGCUUAAUAUUUUAAUUAUUUACUUAUAUCUUGUUUGAGAUUAAAACCUUUUGUAUUUGUUUGGCCUGGUUAUGGACUUUUGCAAGUGGAAGGCUUGUGAAAGGAGAUUUGAUACAUCAACAAGUAUUCGAUCUGAUAACCAUAAUCUUGUUUAGUCCAUUUACAAUGCAUGGAUGUUGUCUCAAAAGUUAUUAUAUUUUUUAACUUUUUAUAUAAGAAAAAAUCGCAACCAUCGAUUGUUAUUUUACAUAUUCUAAAAUGCCUGUAUAUCAGAGUAACCCCAAUGUUUCAUUGCUGACUUUCAGAUCACAUCUCAAGCCAGUUUUUUAAUAAUUUGUGUAACAGGAUAUUUUGUGUGUAACACCUAGGGUUGGAGACAAAAAUAAAUUCUUCAAAAUUAGGAAUUUAAUAUAAAUAAAAACAAAAUCUGUUACACAAGGAACUCAUUAAAGCAUGAUUUUAACAGCCCAACAUGAACAGUGACAUUAUAUGUGCUAUUAAUUAAGACCACUUUACUUUAUAAUUCUGGGUUUGAAAAGACUGCUGCAUAAUAACUGAUUAUAUCAUGGAUUGCACAUGGAUUUAAAGCAUGACUUAAAAGUCCUGUGCAUUAAAGAAAAUAUUUUUUUACAUGUUUAGCUCAUCUAUUUUUUGAAAAAAAAUUAUGAGCUAUUGUCAUCACCUUGGCGUCGGCGUCGGCGUUGGCGUUGGCGUCGGCGUCCGGUUAAGUUUUGCGUUUAGGUCCACUUUUCUCAAAAAGUAUCAAUGCUAUUGCAUUCAAACUUGGUACACUUACUUACUAUCAUGAGGGGACUGGGCAGGCAAAGUUAGAUAACUCUGGCGUGCAUUUUGACAGAAUUAUGUGCCCUUUUUAUACUUAGAAAAUUGAAAAUUUUGGUUAAGUUUUGCGUUUAGGUCCACUUUUCUCAGAAAGUAUCAAUGCUAUUGCAUUCAAACUUGGUACACUUACUUACUAUCAUGAGGGGACUGGGCAGGCAAAGUUAGAUAACUCUGGCGUGCAUUUUGACAGAAUUAUGUGCCCUUUUUAUACUUAGAAAAUUGAAAAUUUUGGUUAAGUUUUGUGUUUAGGUCCAUUUUAUUCCUUAAGUAUCAAAGCUAUUGCUUUCAUACUUGCAACACUUACUAACUAUCAUAAGGGGACUGUGCAGGCAAAGUAAUGUAACUCUGACUGGCAUUUUGACAGAAUUAUGUGCC